CCUGCCUUCCAGUGCCCCUUUCUCCAGGGGUUAGGGAUGUCCCUGCUCCCCGGGGUUCGAGCCUUGGCUCCGCAUUCCGCUCACGGGUCUGACUCGCUCCCUGCUCCCGGCUGGCAUUGGCUUUGAGAGGGGAGCUUUAUCUCCCCUGGGGGUUCUUUCUCUUUCUCGCUCUCGUGUGUGUGUGUGUGUGUGUGUGUGUGUGUGUGCGUGUGGUGUUUUUUUUGGGGGGGGGGUGUUUUUCAGUACUCCCCUCUCUCCCCCUCCCUCUCCCCUGGUGAAUGCUGCUCUCCAGCCUAGGGUAUGGCAGCGGCUCUUGCCAGCUCCCUCAUCCGGCAGAAGCGGCAGGCGAGAGAGAACAACACUGACCGCCUGUCCGCCACCAAGCGCAGGAGCAGCCCCAGUAAAGCCAAGAAAUCCUUGUGCGAGAGGCACGGACUCGGAGUUUUCUCCAAAGUCAGGUUCUGUAGCGGCAAAAAGAGACCAGUCAGGAAGAGAACAGUUUGCACAGACCCCCAGCUGAAAGGUAUAGUGACGAGAUUAUUCAGCCAGCAAGGCUUCUACCUACAGAUGCAACCUGAUGGCACCAUCAAUGGCACCAAGGACGAGAACAGUAAUUACACUCUCUUCAACCUGAUUCCUGUGGGACUACGGGUGGUAGCGAUUCAAGGUGUGAAGUCUGGUCUCUACGUGGCCAUGAAUGGGGAAGGUCACCUCUACAAUUCAGAACUUUUCACAGCAGAAUGCAAGUUCAAGGAAUCUGUUUUUGAGAACUAUUACGUCAUCUACUCCUCAACUCUAUACCGGCAGCAGGAGUCAGGCAGAGCCUGGUUCCUGGGACUCAACAAGGACGGCCAGGUCAUGAAGGGGAACCGAGUAAAGAAAACUAAGCCAUCGUCCCAUUUUCUACCAAAACCAAUCGAAGUUUGCAUGUACAGAGAGCCAUCGAUGCAUGAAAUCGGGGACAAAGCUGGACGCUCACGGAAGAGUUCAGGAACGCCAACCAUGAACGGAGGCAAGGUAGUCAACCAAGAGGAGUCCACAUAGCAGGAGCAAGGCAUCAGCAAGCUGAACUGGACCCAUAUGCACAACUUACAAAAUUAAACAAAAAGAAUUUAAUUAGAGAAAAAAAAAUCCAGGAGAGAGGAUUUUUGAACAUGCAAUCCUUUAGACGAACUGAUGAAGCCAUUGCCUGAAAGAGAAAAGAAACAUUAAAUCAGGACUUGAUUUUCAUUCUGUUUCCUCUUAUGCAAA